AUGGAGCGGCGCGGCCAUUGCCACGGCGGCAAGCACCCGCACCGCUGCCGCUCCCCGCCGCCGCGCCGGGCGCGCGGGGAUCGCACCCGGCAGCCGUCCAGCGGCUCCUUCUCGGCGUCGCUCCUGGACGCCAUCUACCGCUCCCUCGACGACGGCGGUGGCGCGGACGCCGUCGUCGUUGACGCCGCGCGUGGGAGUGGCGCAGAGGAGAAUAAAGCGGCCGCGACCGCGACCGCGACGACGGCGCAGUUCUGGUGGGCGAAUAAUAAGGAGGCGGCCAAGCCCAGCCCCAGGCAGUCUUCGUCGAGCGCGGACAGGGACAGGGACAGCAGGCGCCGGCGGGGGGAGACGGGCGUCGCGCGCCCGCGCCACUCGGGGUACGCGUCGUCGACCGUGUCGUCGUCCGACUCGUCGGCGGCUAGCUACAGCAGCUUCUCCUGCUCGUCGGCGUCGAUCACGGAUACCGAGUCGUCCACGUGCCGCCGCCGCCACAGCCCGCCCCUACCGCCGCGGGUGUCGUUGUCAGAGGAAUCCGUCGCCACGGACGCCGAGGAGGCAACCCCGCCGCCGCCACACAAGAGCAAACCGAAGAAGAAGGCCAGGCCGUGUUUCCCUGUUGCAAGAAUCCGACCAAAGGCCUCAGUGCCAUCAGCAUCGUCGUCCGGGCCGCAGCCGCAGCCGCCGUCGCCGGCGACGUUUGCGUGCGCCCUCAAGGCUCUGUUCUCCUCGGCGCGCCUCCAAAGGAAGCCCAAGACUCCGGCAGCAACCCCUCCGCCCAAAAUCUCGCAGCCGCAGCCUCCGCGCAUGUCGGCGACGAGCGCUGCGAAAGCGGCUGACGCGCCGGCGGAACCGUCGGAGCCGAGGACGGUGAGGCUCCGCCCGGAAGCCGAGGCGUCGGUGGUGGUGCGGCGAAGGGUGGAGGAGCUGGUGCGGAGCCUCGAGGAGCUGGAGGAGGACGAGGAGGGGAGCGACGCCAGCUCCGACCUCUUCGAGCUGGAGAGCCUUCGUGGCGCCGGCGCGGACGAGCUGCCCGUGUACGGCACGACCAGCCUCGUCGCCAACCGCGCUAUCGCCCAGGGGCCAGCUCGUUAA